GUAAAAUUUUGUCAGGAUGUAGUUGUCCUCGAACGGUAGUACCUCCUAUCUCAUUGUCUACCACAUACAAACAAGAAAGACCUGGUGAACCGAAAGGACACGACUACUCAAGAGCGGGAAAUCCGUCGAGAGAUGUUCUACAGAAGUGCCUUGCAUCUCUUGAAGAUGGCAAGCACUGUGGGU